GCGAUAUGUAACUUAUGCUUGUCCUUGAAUAUGUAAACAUGCACAGCAUUAUCUUAUCAAGGAGAGCCACAUGUCAGCACAGGUGAAUUAAGAAUGUCGGGUACCAACUAUGAUAUAAGCGAUCAACAACUAAAGAAGUAUGAGGAAAAUGGUUAUAUUAUUAUUCGAAAUUUAUUUGAUGCCGAGGAAGUACGAAAGUUAAAGAAAUGUUUCGAAGACACAGAGGAAAUGGUUAAUAAUAGGAUUACGCUAGAAGACAGUUUGGGGAGGAAUGUAGAUCUUACGGUAUGGAACGAUCCCGGAAAUGACGUUACUGGGAUGGCUGCUAGAUCGGAAAAAGUUGUUACUGCUGCUGAGAGGUUGCUUGGUGGUCAUGAAGUUUAUCAUUACCAUGGAAAGUUAGUGCAGAAAAAUCCUAAUACGGGCGGUACAUUUCUAUGGCACCAAGAUUACGGAUACUGGUACCAGAAUGGAUGUCUUUUCCCCGAAAUGCUGACCGUGUUUCUGGCUCUAGAUAAGUGUGACAAAACAAACGGAUGUUUGAAGGUUCUGAGGGGAUCUCAUAAAUGCGGUCGUAUUGACCACAGUAUGGUUGCUGGUCAAACUGGAGCAGACAUUGAUAGAGUGAGAGAACUGAAAAAGAAACUGGAUGUAGUGUAUGUGGAAUUAGAUCCAGGGGACGCGUUGCUGUUCAGCUGUAACCUCCUUCACUGCAGUGGACCAAACGACUCCGACAGGCGGCGCUGGGCGUACCUCAUGUGCUACAAUACACGUCAUAACAAUCCGGUCAAAGUUCAUCAUCACCCUUUGUAUACUCCUUUGAAAAAGGUGCCCAAUUCAGCAAUAAAAGAGUGUGAAAAUUACACAGAUUUUACCGGAAAAUCAUUCAUGGGGACAAACGAUGAAACCACAAACAGGGUGGAGAGAAAAUAAUCAUAGUACAAUGUAUGAGUCGAUUACAUGUAUAUAAACAACAUUAAACCACAGCAUCCUUAUUUUAUAAUUCAGUUUUGUGUUUACAUUCAGUCUGUAACUUCUGAAUAUGUAUGGAAAUAAAUUACAAAUCAGUCAAGCAGAAA